UUUCUAAUCUACAAUCCUAUUCAUAGAUAACAUGGCUGCUUCAUCACCAUCGUUAAAGUUUGCAGUGCGUAGGUCCCAACCUGAGUUGGUGGCUCCUGCUAUACCCACUCCUAAUGAACUUAAACCACUAUCUGACCUAGAUGAUAUAUACAUCCUACGUGUCCAGGUCCCGGUGAUUCAAGUUUAUCGUAACGAACCAUUAAUGGCUGGGAAAGACCCGGUUGAAGUGAUUCGAAAGGCACUGGCAAAAACACUUGUCUUCUAUUACCCAUUUGCGGGUAGGCUUAGGCAGGGUCCUGGCGACAAAUUGAUGGUAGAUUGUACUGGUGAGGGCGUCUUGUUCACUGAGGCUGAUGCAGACGUAACACUUGAUCAGUUUGGUGACGCUGUCCACCCUCCAUUCCCAUGCUUUGAAGAACUACUGUACGAGGUUCCAGGCUCUCGAGAAAUUACAAAUUCUCCCCUUCGAUUAUCUAGAAGAAAAAUGAGAAAACAUGGGGUAGAUCUUCAGGGGGAUAAAAAGAUAAUUCUCCAUGCCUCAACUAAGAUUGAGAGGUUUUCUCUACAUCAUAUAGGGAUGUUAAAGAAAGAAGACAAGUGGAUUUUCAAGGGUGAUGUUCCACUCACACCUAAACCAGCGACUGAUGAUGAUGGUGUUCUAUCUCAUGAUGAGGAACAACCACCUCAAGUGGAACAAGAACCGGAACAAAAAUCAGAACUAGAGCCUAAGGCAUUUUCUCUGUUUGAGUAA